AUCAUUAUUCUCCAAUAAGAAAUCUGAUUCGCAUGUUGCGCCCAUCAAGAUCAAAGAAUGCGAAAAAAUACAGUGUGAAAAAGAUGAAACGAAACAGUUGAUUGUUUCCGAAACCUGACGAUACGUUCUUUUCGUGAAAAUGCAUUUCAUUUCGUUGUUUCCUAGUUUUCUCUUUCUUUUCAUCGUGACAAUAGAUUGUGCAUCUGCAUACUACCACUCGUGUACCCCCUAUGCAGAAUGCAGGGACGUUUUCCAAUGUCCGUAUUUCGUAGGACUCCUACAGAAUCCCACAAUUCCCCAACAUAUCAUCAUCGGGGAAGUCAGGAGAAGACAAUGCGGUUUCAGUGUUGCCAAUCCAGCGGUUUGUUGCUCCCGAAAAUCCCUGACCGAUGCGACUUUGAGAAACCACAGAAACCUACAUUUAUUACCCAUGGAUCAGUGUGGGAUACCUUGGGGUUUUCGCAUAGCCAAUGGGGAGACGUCUCGCAUCAACGAAGCGCCUUGGAUGGCUCUGCUAUUCUAUCAGACAGCUGAAACAAUAGAGUUUUUCUGCGGAGGCUCCUUAAUAUCGGAGAGAUAUGUACUAAGCGCUGCCCAUUGCGUGCUCAAGACAUUAAUUGGAGUACGUCUGGGAGAGUACGACAUUUUAUCGAAUGAAGAUUGUGAUCAACUUACCUAUUACUGCAAUCCUCCAUCUCAGGAUUUUUAUAUAGACACUAUCGUUAUACCUUCCAGUUUUGAUCAAAAAUCUGAUCAUAUCAACGAUAUAGCUCUAAUAAGACUCUCUGGUAAAGCUGACAUCUCUCGCGUAAAUGUUCGGCCAAUUUGUCUUCCUUUGGAAGGAAAUAAGAAUUUUCAACACGAGAUGUUCAUAAUCUCUGGUUGGGGAUCCAACAAAACAGGAGAAAGGAGUCGGUUUUUGAUGAAAGCAGAAGUACCCAUGUUACCGUUGUCACUAUGCCAAAAGCUCUACGCCAAUUUCAAUUUGAAUUCGAAGCAUUUGUGUGCAGGAGGAAAAGAAGAAGAUUCGUGUGGUGGCGACAGUGGAGGACCACUUACAUCAAAAAUGUAUAUCGGAAAUAUGCCAAGAUACACUCAGUACGGUAUCAUCUCUUUUGGUCCUGUUAGCUGUGGAACCUUAGGGAUGCCUGGGGUUUACACUAAUGUGGUUUUCUAUAUGAAAUGGAUAUUGAACAAUCUAGAGCCUUGAAUAAGUUUGAUUAUGAAGGAUGGAACUGUUCUUCUUCUUCUUAUAUCCUUUACUAUGUGCUAGGACUCAGCCAUUCGCACAAGGAUGGAACUGUGUGACUAACAUAAUACAUAAAAAAGUACCGUUGGUAGUUGGUUUUUAUUUUCUAUGGUUCAGAUGAUGUGAUCUGAUUGAAAUAAUCAUUAGACAUCUAAAUACAAAAUUUUAUUUCAA